AUGUACUUGAAAGAAGUGAAUGAUUCAGACAGUCAGCAAGGUGGAGGAUUUCAGCUUCCACGCUCGCUGACAGCUGGCUUCAGCUACCCAUCUCAUGCAGGACCUGGCGGUGGAGCUCCACAUUUCCAUCAAAGUGGGGAAGAAGGCAAAGUGCUAGUGUACAGAUUGAAUCAGGAGGACAGGUUUGAGAGUGUGGCCACGGAGCUGCAGGGUGAUACAAAACAGACCUUUGCUAGGUUUGGCGCGGCCAUUGCCUCUAUAGGAGAUAUUGAUGGGAACAAGUUCACUGAUGUAGCAGUGGGAGCUCCACUGGAAGCAGAUUCUUCUGGAAGCAUUUAUAUUUACAAUGGAUUCAGAGAUGGACUUCGGUUUUCACAAAAAAUUUCACCCUCAGAUUUUGGAAUGAAACUUGUCCACUUUGGUCAGUCAGUAAGUGGUGCACCUGCUACAGCAUCAAAUAAGGCCUCCAUCGCUGUUGGAAGUCGAGGUGGAGUGCAUGUUUUUGAGACUAUCCCUGUUAUUGUUAUCAAACCAGCUUUAACAAUUACUCCGGACAUCAUUCUUCAUGAUCAACAGAUGAGUGAAAUACCCGUAACGUACCAGAUAUGCUUUAAUGUGAUUAAUGAAAAGCUUCAAAGUAAGUAUUCUCUUUCAGUUCAGUGAGUAUUUUCGAUCCAAAACAAUCCUCAUGAUUAUUUUAACCACAUUCACUUUCUGU